AUGACGGUUGAGGCAAGCUCAGUUUUCGCAGACUUGGAUGUUUUGCUUGUAAAUUCGGAGAAAUUUAACCAAUUGUUUAUUCAAAAAAUUCAACCGGCAUGGAUGGAACAAGUCCUCUCUCGUAUUUCUCGUAGCCCAAUCCAUUUCAACAAGUUUUUUGACAUUCUUGUUGAUUUUGUGGUGUCAGAAAAUCACCCGGAGUGGUGCAACCGCGCACUUCGUUGGCUGACCAGAAUUUUCGAAAGCCCGGAGUUGGCAGACAUGACUAAGCAGUCCCAAUCUUCCCUGUGUCGAUUUUUAUCGUUUGCUGCAGAAAUGCAUGGUCUUCAUCAAUUAUUGGGUACAGUGGUGGAAAUGAUUGAUGCUUCGCCCAAAGUCGCAGAACCCACAUCCAGAAAUUUUCAUUUACCAAUAUAUGACACGGGAUACGUUUUCAUUGAUGAUCAGGAAGUGAACUUCGGUAUCCCAAAGAAGAGAUCUCGACGUAAUAAAAUUGGCGUAGAACUGGAACAAGACGAAUGUGGUCAAUCGUCUCUUUUAAGCAAUGAAGGAGACAGCAGCGUCUCAGACGAUUACGAAGAAGGUGAAGAAGCCCUAGCGGUUUCCGAAGAUGAUGGGGUCUUCGAUGUAGACAAUGGAUCGACUUCCUCCCUUGCAGAAAGUCAGGUAUCUAACACGCUUCCACGGCCACAAGCUUCUGUUGAUUACGCUGAUAACAGUGAUAGUAGUAGUGAAGAGGAGGAAGACAACAACGUUGAGAAUGAUGAGACUGGUUUAGAGGAUGACGAAGAAGAGGAGGGAAGUAGAAUGGACUUGCCUCCCCAAUCAGGCGGGGCGGAAGAAGAACGAGAGGAAGGUGGUGACGGCGAUGUUUCUAUUCCAGUGAGUAAGGGCGUCCAUCAGGUUCGGCGAUCCGCACGGAUUCGGAAUCGACGUUAA